AUAUGAUGUUACCAGUUUUACCAUGGUGGCGACAACUUAUAUGGAGCAUUCUGUUUGCUGGUAUGGUUGUGGUUGCCACCGGAGGCAACCUUAUCGUUAUAUGGAUCGUGCUCGCUCAUAAGCGGAUGAGGACGGUCACCAAUUAUUUUCUAGUGAAUCUCUCCAUCGCUGACACAAUAGUUUCGACUCUGAAUGUGACGUUCAACUACACGUACAUGCUGACAGGGAACUGGCCGUUCGGGUCGCUCUACUGCAAGAUCACGCAAUUUGUUGCGGUCCUGAGCAUUUUGGCUUCGGUACUGACACUCAUGGCUAUAUCUAUAGAUAGAUACAUGGCAAUAAUGAAUCCGCUCCGGCCUAGAAUGGGUCGCAGGGCGACGCUAUGUAUAGCGGCUGCUAUCUGGAUAGCUGGCGUCAUACUAUCGUUCCCCAACUUGCUGGUAUUUAAAGCCGAAUUGGUGGAAGAAGAUCGAUAUGUAUGCUAUCCAGAAUGGCCAGACGGUUCCACUAAUCAUUCAGACCUCGAAAACUGGUAUAACAUAUUGUUCAUGUUCCUGUCGUAUGUUUUGCCCAUAGCUUCGAUGACCUAUACGUACGCGCGCGUAGGACUGGAAUUAUGGGGUUCGCAGAGCAUCGGGGAAUGCACCCAGAGACAACUUGAGAACAUCAAAAGCAAACGAAGGGUCGUAAAAAUGAUGAUGGUUGUCGUGAUAAUAUUUGCUGUAUGUUGGCUUCCAUUCCACAUAUAUUUCUUGCUAACAUCACAGUACCCGGAGAUCACUAACGAACCUUACAUCCGAGAGGUGUACCUUGGCAUCUACUGGCUGGCCAUGAGCAAUUCCAUGUACAAUCCCAUCAUAUAUUGUUGGAUGAAUUCCAGGUAA